CUGUUUCUUUACGUAGGAUUAGGAAGUAAGAAGCACCCUGUACAUCUUCUUGUACCACAUGGGGCAUUUGAAAUAAAGAAUCCACCUGUGCUGAAACACAAUGAUAUACUGUCCUGGCUUGACAAUGGCACGGAAGGUGAAAUAGAAGGAAUUGUAUGGCACUGCAACGAUGGAACUUUAAUCAAGCUCCAUCGUCAUCAUCUUGGUUUGCGCUGGCCAAUUGCAGAGACGCAUCUGAAUUCUCAGCCAGUUGUUGUCAGUUGGACUAAAUAUGACUAUGACUUUGAAUCACAGAGUUUGUUUCACCAUUUUUCAAAGCUGGAUGGCCAAAGAUUCAGUAGACUCAAAGAUAUAAAAUUUGAUUUCUAAGAAAAUAAAUCUAACUUGGUUGCCUAGGUACUGCUGUAUAUUCCUUCCACCUUGCCUACAGAAUAAAAAAUAAACUUUUGCAAAUAAUUUUGAUGGUAGUUUUCCAUCUACAAAACUAGUGUUGUUGGACAUAAGUGACCAGUUCGGUGUAGCAAAAGAGCACUAGUGUAGAUAUCACAGUUGUAGCUUCUAGAAUAUAAGCUCCUUUAACUUUGUUUUGAAAGAUCCUUAAAUAUUGAGUCUACCUUUUUUUAACUGUUGGGCUUAGGAAUAAUACAGCGUUAGCCACCCCAAGCAGCUUUUAUAGCAAAUGAAAGAAUGUAAUGAUGGCUUAAACUCAGUGAACUGUAAAGGUAUCUCUAUGUUUAUUUUAUAUUCCACAUCCCAAUAAUGGGAUACUGUCAAGUUUAGACCUGAGGCUUAGAAAGAAUUGAGCAGUAUUAUCAGUGAAGAUGGAUUUAAAGCAGGACAAUAACCUGGCCCUGAAACUUUUUUUGUUCUGUUCAUGUGAGGCAGCACUAAUUUUUUUAUCUAGAAGCUGCAGCAUUAUUCUACAGCUUGAAAACCAGGUAGUGUAAUUUGUUAAGUUACGAGUAUUUCUAUUUUGUUGAAGCAAAAACUUUUGUUUAUUAAUAGCAUGUAAAAACCACCAGUACUAAUAAUUUUAAAAAUGCUUAGUUAUUCAAAGGAGAUGAGAAUUGGUUUUAGAAUAGCUGCUUUAAGUCCUAAACGAAUUUAGAAAACACUUAUCAACAGCUGCAUGUAAAGUAACGUUUUAAAACGUAACACAUAAAAAUAAAGACUAUUUAAAUUGC